GUUUUCCAUCAGGAACAAAGGCAUGAAAGACAGAAAAACCCACUUAAAUUCCAAUCUCUUGAACAUCUUGAAUAUUAGAUAGACGCAUAAUAAAGAAACUGUCCAUAUAUAGCUCUCUAAGAGCUCAUGUGGAAUUGACAUUAGCAUGGAACCAGGAAAAAUGCGUUACUUGGAUACCUUGACAGAUGGUUUGGAGAAUUUACUAUCAACAGGACAGCAUUCUGAUAUAGAAGUGAUUGUUGAUGAUCGGUCAUUCCAUUGUCAUAAAGUUAUUCUCAGUGCAAUGUCACCAUACUUUGAAGCCAUGUUUUCCCAUGACAUGAGAGAAAAUCGUGAUGGAGUGGUCAAGUUAUAUGAUAUUGAAGCAGAAAUUUUUGAAAAAAUAUUACAGUUCCUGUAUACUGGCAAAGAUGUUGUUUCAGAAGAAAAUGCUGAGAUGAUAUUCCGAGCUGCAUCUUUGAUGCAGAUUCCAUGCUUACAAGCUACUUGCGCAGACUUUUUGUUAACACAGGUCUCACCGGAUAACUGUAUUGGCAUUUGGAAAAUAGCUCAAGCUCACAAUUGUGAAAAACUCAAACAAACAUCCUUCAUGUUUAUUUUAGAAAACUUUCAAGUUAUAUCGACAACUGAAGAUUUUCUGAAUUUAGAUCUGGACGAACUAGUAGGAAUAAUUAAAUCAGAUCAUCUAAUCACUCAAUCGGAAGAACUUGUAUGUGACAUGGCUAUGGAGUGGAUCAACCAUGAUAAAGAAUCUCGUCAACAUUCCGCUGGAACAAUUCUAGAAGUUCUCAGACUUCCUCUAUUAUCAGCAAACUAUUUGUGCCAUACUUUUGAGAGUAAUCAUUACCUACAAAAUGAUCCUGAGUGUAAAACUGUGAUACAGGAAGCCAUGAAGUACCAUACUUGCCCUACUAAGCGUCAAGAUUUUACCUCCCACAGGUCAACGCACAGAUACAAUAGUAAAACCAAUGAUUGUAUUAUUAUUAUUGGUGGAUUGCUGUCCACUACACCAAGAUACCAGACAACAAAGGAGGUAUUAUGUUACAGUUUUCAACAGGAGAAAUGGUUUAACCUGCCAUCUCUGCCUUAUGAUCCAGGUUAUGAGUUUGCUACAUGUACAUAUGGUAGCAGUAUAUUUGUAUCAGGUGGGUGGCUGAAACUUCAAGGACUAGCCGAAUACAAGACACACAAGAACAAAUGGAAGGUGUGUCCUCAGAUGACCAAUGGUAGAUGUGGUCAUGUGAUGGUGUCAGUAAACAACUCUAUCUUUGUUCUGGGUGGACGGGACGGGGUCAUACCUGCCAUGACAAACAUAGAAGAAUACAACCUGCUGACUAACAAGUGGACAACAGUGGGUGAUCUCCCCUUAGGUGUGAGGUCAACAUCUGCUGCAGCCAUUGGAGAAAAGAUAUAUGUUUUUGGUGGAAUUAUAGAGUCAGAUAAAGACACAAUGUCAGUGCAAUGUUUUGACACACGACACCAUACUGUUACAGUUUGUGGAGAUUUGCCAUUUUCUUGCAGAUUGACCAGAACUUUUGCAUUGGACACUGCAGUGUAUGUAAUGGCUCCUGAUGGGAGAGUGAUACAGUUUUGUGAUUCAUCAUUGAACAUCAUAACCAAGUUUCAAGCAAGAAGAUUAAGGACAAGUUCAAGUGGAUCAGACAGUAAUGUAAUUGAACCACCCAAUGCACCAACCACCUGCCAUGGGAAGCUUGUUUGUAAGUUACCAAACUUUAGUCAACAUCAUUUUGAAGUUGUGCAGUAUCGUGGGCACAUCUUACUAGUGGGUGGUAAGACACCAGACAACACAAUACUCAAAAAUAUCAUGGUUGCUGAUAUUCAUGACAAAGGUGAUACAAAUGAUCUAUUUAAUGACCUUGAAAUGCCCUCUGCACGUUGGUGUUUUGGAUGCAUUAGGGCUGUUAUAAACAAGGAUUUUCUCAACAAUGAGCUUUAUGUAUGAAAUUUACUUAGAGAAAUUGAUGUUGUUUUUGUCUAACUUAUAUAUUUUGUAACCAAAUAUCUUCUCUGGUUUCAGAUUUUGUCACAUGGUGAUAUCAUAAAAAGUGAAUAUUACUGGUUCAAACAUACAAAGAAAACACAACAAUUUUGUAUAUGCAUUGACAUGUGUCAAAUCAAUUUCAGAACAUUUUGAAAGCUGUUAAUGAAUGCAAUAUACAAAAUAAAUCAGACAUGUGUCAGACGAAUUUUGAAUAUUGUAUUUAUCAUGUUUAUAUAAAAAAUAUUAACAAGCACAUUAAAUUUAAUGAAAUUAUGUGUUUUUAUGCAUAAUUUUUUACAUUUAAAUGCAAGCUUGUGGACAGAAUGAUAUUUUUUUAAAUGCAUAAAGUCGUGUAUGUGAAAUGGCAACAUUUUUGUCAGAGGUGAGACAUUUGGUUGGCUUUAUUUAUUUGUUUUGUUAUUUUAUGUUUGUGUUUUUAUUUUUAUAUAUAUGUAUUAACAGCUUAUUGGACUCAAAAUUGUAGCAAGUAGAAAUAAUUUUGAGUCUGGCCAUAUGUUAAAAAUUUUGUUAGUACACAAUAAUGUCUUUCAUUUAUUUUGUAUAGUCAGGUUAUAUAUAUGUAUUUACAGUGAUAUGUAGUUGUAUAUUUUUUUUAACGGUAUUUAUUUGUUAUGUAUUUAAGUGCCAGUCUUUGUAAGAAUCAGGCAAUAUUGAAAAAAAUUAAAACAUGGCAGAAAAAACCCACCGACCUAACCAUCCUAUUUUGAAAAUACCCUCAUCCUGAGUUAGAAAUGGUAGGUCUUUCAUUUCUUCAUGUCUGGUAAUUUGAAAAAUCUGUAGGUAACUUUUGGUUAGAAUGAUAACAAAUUACGGAGUAAGCUCCACUUUAUUGUUAAUUUCUAGUGCAUUUUAACCAAAUUAUAUCUUGAAUUACCAGAACAGGAAAAGGAAACGAAUGUUAUAUUCGUUCACCAUUAUACAUUUUGAACAUAUUUUAAUGUUAACUUGAGUGGGUUUUUGUUUGUCAUGUUUUCACCACUGCCUGAUUCUUAGGCAGAUUGGCACUUAAAGUUUACAUGAAAGUUUGUGCUUAGAAAAUGAUGAGUCCUUUAAAACUGUUUAAUCAUAUGGCUGUUUGCUUGGUAGUGUUUCCCUUGGCUUUUUGACAUUGUGAUAUCACAGAACUAAAUUUCUUAACCAAAGUGCAAUAUAUAUUACUGGGGGAGUAAAGCUGGGAAGUGCUAAAAAUUUCAGCUGAAUUCAUCCAUAACCUUGGGAUUUAUUAUUUCAAUUACACAAGUAUAUUUUUAUUGUUUAAGUGAAAAUGCUGAUCACCCUCAGUUCUACAAAAUGAUAUUGAGAGAAAACUGUUGAGUAUAAAUAAAAUUUUUAAGCAGCAAAAUUAGAGAGUUUCAGGGAAUGUUCAUGAUUGAGAUGUUUUUGGUUAUACAUUAUAUAUGAUAGAGAUGUACUUUACAGAAGGAUUUCACAAUGAAAAAAAAGGGUAUCAAAUUACCCGUAUUGGAUCACCAUUCUUAUUCUUUCAGAUUUUAAGAUGCUUUAUACCUAAAAAGCACUGAACAUAUAUUUUGGAGGAUUUUUUUGUUGGUGAUUUUUUUAUAAUGUGCAUGUUCCCAUUCAAUCACUUUCGACUUACUGAUUCGAAGUCUUUUUCGUGUUCUGUACUUUGAAUAAAUGGGAUUAUAAAUGCACAAUAACCCACAAUUUACAUUAGUUUAAUAGUAACAUGCAAGAUAACUGUCAGUCUUGACUUAUUUCAUAAAAUCAGAAACUUACUUUGUACAUUUUUCACUUAGCAUCUUUUUAUAUUUCAAAUGUAUUUUCUUAUUUUUUAAUUAAGUACAUUUGUGCUAAUGUUGACCAUAUAGAUAUUUUCUUUUUCACUUGAAAUGAAUGAGUCAUAUGUGAACAAAGUAUUUAUGAGAAAUAUCUUUAUAACAAGGUUAGAGAUGUUUAUAAUGGUUGGGUUAGUGGGCCACUGCAGUGGAGUCAUCACAUACAAUUUAUAUUUUUUUGCUUUCUUAAAGCUUAGUUUUCAUGAAGUGCAAUUUUUUUCCCAUUAUUGACCAUUUUAUGAAGGUUUAAAGGUAUCACUAGUAGUCAAAUGUUCUUUUGAAUUUAAAAAAAAACUUUGAUGAACAUUUGGUGGUCUAAAUUAAAAUUGAUAGAAAUAUUGUAUAAUUUGACAAAAUGUAGUUUUUAAUUAUCAUGAUUGUAAACGAUAUAUGAUAAGAGUGUUGGUCACAGGGCUUUUUCAAGCUACAGGUUGUGCAAAAUUGCCAGAUUUUGUAUAGAUUAUAGAAUAGAAAACCCAGUUUUGUGUGAUAAAAAGAAAACUGAAAGAUUGAAUUUUAAGAUAAAAUUUGAGACAAUAACUCUUAUAAUGAUCUUUUAGAAAAAAAUAGAAAAAUUGAGGUCACAGGACUAGUUUUCUUUCUACAAAACAAAAUAGGUAAAUUCAUUACUCAUUCUUUUAUUCCUUUAUAAAGUUUAGAUUAUCUGAGUUAUCGGUCGACCCUAUAUCUGUAUCACUCUGCUCAGCUCUUAAUAAAAUUGCAUAUCACAGCUUUGUGACUUAAAAUACGUUGACCCGGCCUUAAUAACUUUGACCCAGACUUAUCACCGACGUCAUAAUGUAUGAACCGACGUUGAUAAGUUUGACCCGAACUUAUCAUGUCAUCUACCGGUUUGCUGGUGAAACAAAGAAAACACUUGUUUCUAUCAUGCAAAAUACACAAAUAUAACCUGAUAAAUCGAUUAUCUGGUUGUAAGCAUGUUGAUUUUGUAAAAUAUCACCUGCUCGACACAAUAUGAAGCCUUUUUUAUCUCGUUCGCUGCGCUCACUCGACAAAAAGCUUCAUAUUGCAACUCGCAGCUGAUAUUUUACGAUAUCAAUAUGCAAAUUAGUUGAAAAAACAUAAUUUCCUUCAUUAGGUUGAAAAUGUUUACAAAUGAAUUACAUUCUUCACUUGAAAUUUAAACAUUUCAUUUAAGAUCCAGACUGAUUGUUUUCUGUAAUUUUACAAUCCAAGAUGGAGGAGGACACCCGACCUACCUUUGUUUUUGCAUGGACUGUUAAUGUUUAAUGUGUAAUGUAUAGAUACCCAUCUCUAUAUACAUAUGGCACAAGGUUAACACUCAAUUAUGUAAGCCUUAUAUUUGAAAACCAUUGUUUGUCCAUUGUUAUACUGUAUUCAGUCUGUUUUAUCAUAACUUAUCUUCAGGUCUGUUUUUAAUGGCUUAUGUUAAUUUACUGUAUGGAAUCCUGUACUUAAGUUUAGGUUAGCUUGCAAGUAGAUUUUGAGAGUUAGGUAAAUUAAGGUAUUUUAUUAUUAUGGGAAUAGGUAGGACGUGGGUCUCAUUUGGGGUGUCAGCAUGAUGUGGGAUUGGCCGAUUUUUUGUAAGCAUGACACGAAAAUUAAAUUAUUUUACAUGAAAAAGGGAAACAAAGUCGGGCAGAUACGUGAAAUUGCAAGCGCUAUUAUCAUAAUGAUAAGCUGGAUACGGGGUUCUGACAAAACAAUAAGCAUAAGUUAGAAUUUUGCAACUACAAUUUUUUACUAAUUAUUUCAUACAAAAACAGAUUUUUUCGAACAAUUAUUUUGAAGGCAUCAGGCUUAUAAUUUUGUACACCAGACGCAUGUUUCAUCUACAAAAGAUGCAUCAGUGAUGCUAGAAACAAAAAAGUUAAAAGGCAAAAUAAAGUGAAGUUUAAUGUAUAAAUUUGUUGAUUUUGCCAUAAUUUUAUUUUCAGUAGUUUUUGUUUUCUCAUGAUGUGAAUAUGAAUUUGUUUUUAUAUUUAAAUUUGGUUGAAACAUAUAGCCAUUUUUCAGG